AUGUCCCAAGGAGGCUACUUUGAGGGCGAGAGGCACUACCAAGCUCUAGAAAUGGCCCCCGCCAGGCCCACCGCCACCGACCUGGCCCCCUUGUGCGAAUCGGAGCUGGCCUCCUACAUCGGCGACGAGCAGCUGCUCUCGGAGCUCCUGCAAGGAAACCAACAGAGGCUGCCCAAGGGGGCCGCCUUCCCAAGCUACUUCCCCACCGACCCGUACCCCUUCCUCUCUUUCGGAGGGGAACGCAAAGGCCUGGCCCCCUUUGACCCCCGCUCGGUCGCCGUCAAGGAGGAACCUAGAGGCGGAGAGGCUGGCCGCGGGGCCGCACGCCACCCUUACGGCGCCAUGCACUUGCCAGCUGCCCACUGUGCCCAGGUGGCCCUCACCCAACCGGGACCGCGGACCGGACAAGCUCUGAGGAUGCUCAAGGGUCCAGCCUGCAGCCCGUCCCCUCCUUGUGGCAACCCCAAAGGAAAGAAAUCGGUGAACAAGGACAGCCUGGAGUACCGCCUGCGCCGCGAACGCAACAACAUUGCGGUGCGCAAGAGCCGCGACAAGGCCAAGCGGCGGGUGAUGGAGACGCAGCAGCGCAUGGUGGAACUCCUGGGGGAGAACGAGCGGCUGCGCACCCGGGUGGAACAACUGAUGAGGAAACCGAGACCCUUCGGGAUAUUUUCCGCCAAGUGCCCGAAGCCGCGGGCUUGA